UUAAAAAAUUCGUCUUGUCCUUUGUUUUAUUUUAAAAAUAUUAUUUAAAUAAUUAAAUUAAAAGUAAUAAAGUAUUAAAAAUGUCUAGUGCUAAAUAUUUUGCAUGGUGUAUUAUAUGAAACAGACAAAUUUAUACGAAAAAAGAAAAUAUAUAACACUUAUAAAACUAAAAAAAAAUCUAAAAAAUGGCGUCAGAUGAGAAUAAUAUAAUCAGCAGCUGCGAAAAUGAUCCAAAUUUUGCAGUUAUAUGUCUAUUCUUUGACAAAUUUGCCAAAAUUUUAAAUAUAGCACAUCCUAAUAUUAAAAGAUUACAAGAAAUGUUAGAAAAUACUGAAGAAGUUGAAAAACCUUUGAAAGAUUUACAUAUAAAAUUAUUAAGGAAACAAAGGAAAACUGUGCAUGAAACUGCAUGGGAAUCUGCUUUGUGCAAAUUUUGUUGGGGAUUUAGUCCUCAUGAUGCAUGGGAAAUUGAAAAAUUUGGCUACAAAAAAGCUAAUAUUAAAGUGAGGCUAAAAAUAUUACGAGAACUUGUUGAAAGUCAAUUUGAAAGGAAUGGAAAAUUUCGUUCUAUAACUGAAAAAAUGUCAGCUUCUGAAAUGAGAAGUGAGCCAAUUGGAAGGGAUAAACUUGGUCAUGCUUAUUGGAUAACUCAAGAUCCUGAUUGUAAUAUAAGAAUAUAUCAAGAACAUUCUGAUGAAGAAAUUUGGCAAGUAGUAGCAAAAAGUAGGGAUGAAUUGAUUACUUUAAUAAAUCGCCUUAAAGGAAAUGAGGUUGUAUUACCCUCAUUAAUAGGAUCUAUCGAUGAAGAUAGUAGUAGUAACAGUUGUCUGGUAACUGCAAUAAAAGCUGAACCUACAGAUAUAAAAUGCAUAAAAGUAGAAAGUAAUGAAAAACAAAAUGAAAAUGAUAAUAAAGUUCCAAAUAUUAAAAUUAAAUUGCCAACUGAAAAUUUAAAAACUGGAGAGACUUCUCAACCUGAAAUUAUAAAAACAGAAGAAAUAAAGGAAGAUGUAGAAAAGGUAAAGGAAAAGAGUUUAGAAGAAGAAAAGUCUGUAAAACUAGAUAAUGUAGAAAUUAAAAAGGAAGAAUUAGAUGAAAAAGUGGAAAUUUUAAAAAUCAAGAAGGCUGAAGAAAAAGAGGAAAAUUUAAAAACGGACAAAAGAGAUUCAAAAAUUGAAACGAAAGAUAAAGUUAAGGUAGCUGAAGUAAAAUCGAAUAAAGUAAAAGAAAAACUUUCAAAUAAAUUGGAUAAUAUUGAGAAAAAAGAACCAGUAGAGGAGGAGGAAAAUGACGAAGGGGAAGAAGAGUAUGACGAAGAAAUCGAUGAAGAAGGAGAAGAAGAAGAAGAUUACGAAGAGGAAGAAAGCGACGAAGAAGGCGAGGAUAACGAAGAGGAAGAAGAAAUUAAAACAAAUAAAAUUAUUUCUGUUAGUAAAUCAGAGAAAGCCGAGCUGAAAAAUAAAAAAGACGACGAUCAAAAAAGUUUUAACAAAAUGCACAAAGAAAAGAAUGAUAUUCGAAAAGUUAAGCCUUUAGUUAUAAGCCAAUCAAAGUUAGCAUCAUCGCCUUUACCAGGAGAACCAACUAAGGUUGUAAACAAAUCAUUGUUAAAUUCUAAAAAACGAUCUAUUGAAACAGAAAACACGGAAAAAGAUGACUCAAUAACACACUUUCCUAAGAAACUUAGACCAACAUUAUUGGAUGCUAAACGUUCAAAGAACGUAAGUAAAUAUGAAAUGUUUAAAAAUGUUUCUGAUGACGAAGACGAAGAAGAAGAGGAAGAAGAAGAAGGCGAAGAAGAAGGGGAAGAAGAUGAAGAAGGUGAAGAAGAGGAAAAUGAAUUGGACGGGGAAAUUGGAGAUGAAACUGAUGAAGAAGAGGAAAUUUCUGAAGUUGGGGAAGCAAUUGAAGAAAAAGUAUUAAUUGUCAAAGGAGAAGGGAGUGGUAAAAACUGUGAAGGAUCAAUAGCAGAUUUUUUAAAUCUCAGUUCCGAAUUGAUUAACAGUGAUCGAAAUUUUUUUAGUGAAGUUAUAGAAGAAGAACUACUAUUUGUUUAUGGUGAAGGGAGUGGUAACGAAUGUUUAGUUGGAAAUCCAUCACAAAGUGACUCAAAAGAUAAAGUUUGCAAAAAAGUUCUAAAAGAAGACGAAUGCUUAAAUCUUAGCAAUAAAGUUAAAAGAAAUUUUGAAAACAGUGCUUCAAUAGAAUCAUCCAAGUCAAGGAUAUCUAACGACGAAAACAAAGCUUUAAAUGAAACUCAUGACAAGAAAAUUGACAAUAGUAUAGAAAAAUUCGAAAAAGAUAAAACUGAAAAGAAUGUGAUAGUAGAAGUUAGCAAAACCGAAAAAUCGAAUUUAGAAAUAAAUGAGUCUGAAAAAGACGGAAAUGCAAAAGAUUUGGAGAAUAUUGAGAAAAACGGUGUCAAUGGUAAUAAAAAAAAUUCUGGAAACUCUUCAAAUGCGAAAAAAGCGAAUAGCGCUACAACAAAUAAUGUAACAGACCGUGAAAAACUUAAUCAGAAAGACGAUAAAAAAGAAUUGAAAACCGUGCCAGAGGAUGAUUCGGUAAAAUCUACAAAUUCUGCUGAAAAUCAUGUGGAAAAAUUAAUUCAACCUGCUAAGACUUCUCUAGAAGUUGAAGUAAUUUCGAAAGACAAAGUUAAAUCAAAUGCAAUAUCUAAAGAAAAAACAUCUGAAAAGACGAAACCAAAAUGCCCUGAGAAAGGUGAUUGCGAAAAUAAGACUACUGUUGGUCGUAAAAGAAGAUUAAUGUUAGAAGAAAAAAGUAGAGUAAUUUCAGAAAGCGAAACCGAUCUAAAUUCAGAAAAUUUAGAAGAUAUUGAAGAAGAGUUGGAAAAUGGUGAAGAUUGUGACAGAAUUGGUGGUAAAAGACCGAAAAUGAGAAACAAAAUCGUAAAUACUUCUAUGCGCAAAAAAAUCGAAGCACAGAGAGAAGACGUUGAAAAUACCUCUAGCAGUGGAAGUGGAAGUGAAGAAGAAAAACCGCGCAAAAAAAUUUCACCAAAAAAAAUUAAUGUUCCUAAGAACACUGAUAAAAAAGAUUCCAUUUGCGAAAAAGAAAGUUCGUUAAAGAAAUCUGAAAAUCCAGCAGCACCAGUGCCUGCAAAAGAGAACGAUUGCCCUUUUAAGUGGAAAAAGAAAUUGACUUGCAACAAAUUAGAUGCGAAAAUUGCUUCUCUAAAGGAAGCCAAAGAGAAGGAUCUUCAAAGUGAACUAAAGCAGAAAGCAAAUAAAAAAGAUGUUGAUGAAAUAGUUAUAGAAAAAAAGAUUUCCACUAAUGGAUCAUCCAUUCCUCAACAAAAAAGUGUCUUAAAAGAUGAAGAGAUCUCUACUGUUUCAACGAAGGAAGAUGAUAAAGAAAAAACACGUAAGAGAUCAAGUCCACCGAAAAACGCAGAAACUACUAAAAAAACGCAAAGCAAGAUCGUUCCAGACAGUAAAAAUAAUAGAUCUGGCGUAAAAUCCAAAACUAAAGUAAACGAAAGCGAUGAAGAAAUUCCAAGAAAGCGUACAACUAGCGAAGAUUCACCAAAUAUUGUUUUAGAUAAGAAAAAAGAUAUUGAAACAACAACUGAUGAAGAAAAACAAAGUAUUCGAAAAAGGGCCAUAACUGAUUGUGGAAAAGCUAAGCUAGAAGAAAAGGAUGAUACCGAAAAUUGCCCAAAAAAAAGGACAGUCGUCGAAACGGUUUUAUCAAAUAAACCAAAGGAGUCUCCAAAAACAAAAUCUGCUCCAAAAACAUAUAAAAUUGGCAGUCGCUCGUUGCCUCAAGACAAUUUCUUACGAAUAGAAAAAGUUGAAUCUUUAUCUAGUAGGGAAAAAAGAAAAUUGGUACCAAUUGAUAUUCCACCACCAAAAAACAAAAUAUUUACCGAUUCCGAAAAAGAAGAUAAACCAAGUUUUGAUAUUGAAAGAGCAUUACCACAGAAUUUAAUUAUUUUAAAAGAAAAAAUUGAAGAAAAAAUAAAAAUUGUAGUAAGAACUUGUUCCGAUAAAAAGAAAAAAAGUAGUGAUGUCCCUACUGUUGUGACACAAUCAAAGCGUCGAGGACGUGCGAAUCCAAUAAAUCAAAAAAAUACACCAAUUGGUAAAAAACCAAAAACAGAAGAAUGUAAACUAGGUGUAAAAAGCGAACCAAGAGAAGAAGAUCCGUUAAAGUUGUCUCCCGAAAAAGAACAACCUCAAUCAACGGAAAAGUGCAACAAUAUAAACGCCCAACAGGAACAAAAAAAAUCAACUGAAACAAAGAAGGAAACUGUGCCCCGAAAACCUAGAAAACGAGAAAUAGAUAUUAGUAAUAUUAUCGAUCCAGAGUCUGACGCAAUUCCAAUGAGGCAAUCUCGACGAAUAGCUCAAUUAAAAAUAAGAGAAGAAGCAGAAAGACGCAAGUUGGAAGAAAUCGCUUUGAAGAAGAUGAAGGAUGAUUUACGAAAAAGAAAGAAAGAAGAAAGACAAUUGUUGAACGAUCCAACAGUGAGUGAACCUUCGUCGGAGUCUUCGGAUUCAGAAAAAUCUUCAAAGAAAAAAUUUGAAAAAAUGAAAAAAAAGGGUAAAGGCAAAGAUGGGUGGAGUUCGGGAAAUUCCGAUGAAGAUGAGCACGAUGCUGAUGAAGAUGAUUUGUUCCGAUAUCCUCCAUCAGACCAUGGUUCACCUCUAUUUAAAUCAGAUCACGAAUUUUCUCCUGAGUCUGACAUUGAAGACGAAUCUCAAAUUGUGCCUUUAAAAAGGGCUAGAACUGUGCGUAAAGAAGGUGAACUGGCUGAGCCUAUAGACAGCGAUGAAGCAUGUCAGAAAUGUGGUAAGGGUGAUCAUCCUGAGUGGAUUUUACUUUGUGAUAAAUGUGAUAAAGGUUAUCACUGUUCCUGUUUGUCGCCUGUUUUAUUUAUAAUCCCGGAAGGUGAUUGGUUUUGCCCUCCUUGUCAACAAGAGCAGUUAAUAGAAGCUCUUGAAAGCCAUUUGAAAGUGUUUGAUGAACUUGUUAUAAAACGUAAAGAAGAAGAAAUUGCCGAGCAAAUAAGAAUUGCUGAAUUGGAAGCUGCAGAAAGAGAGCGAGAAGAGCUUGAAGAGAAAGAAAAAGAAAAUAAAAAGAGUCAGAAAGGCGACAAUAAAAAGAAAAAAUCUUCUAACGGAAUUGAUAGCAAAACUGAUAGACGAUCAGAUGGGUCCGAAUGUAGUUUUGGUAGCAGUGAAGCUGAGUGUAGUGAAGAUGAAGUUAUUACAAAAACUAAAAGACAAAAAGUCUCCGAAAAAAAUCGUAGUAAUAGGCGUAGGUCAUCACAUUCAUCAUCAAACUCAAACACUUCAUCGAAGGGAACUGGUUCAGCUACAGAUAGCGAUGAUGAACCUAUUUAUAAAUUUCGAAAAAGACGUCAAAUCAAUAUAAGCUAUAAUUUUAAUGAAUAUGAUGAUCUAAUAAACUCUGCUAUUAAAAAAGAUAUGGAUGCAGAAGCUGGGGCAGGAAACUUAGGACGUGGAAAAGAUAUUUCCACUAUAAUAGAGGCAGAUAAAGAAGAAAAGGCAAGAUUAAAACAACUUGAAGAGAAGAAAGCUAUUGAGGAAAGUAGGGGAAAAGAUGACAAAGAAAACAUUGAAACUACUAUAGUUAAAUCUAAAUCAAAAAAGAGUGAUUCUGACAGCGAUUUUAAACCAGUAAAAUCUAAAAAUAGUCGUAAAAUGUCCAAAAAGAAAUCUAGGAAGCUAAAUUGUUUAGAGGUCUCUUCGGAAGAUGAUGGUUCAGAUGAAGAUUUUAAAACUAGUUCCGAUGAGGAUGACGAGGAGGAGGAUGAUGAUGAUGAUUUAUCUUUCGACAGUGAGAGCAGCUUAGAGGUUUAUCGACGAAAAAAGAAAAAUGGAAAAAAGAAGACAAGAAGAGCUGCGAGGAGAGCAGCAAGGGAAAGAAGGAGAAUUAAAGAUUUUGUAGUUGAAGAUUCAGAACUCGAUUCAGAAGAAGAAAAACCAAAAAUGAAAAAGAAAAGAAAGAAACAUGACUCAGAUUAUACUGAAACUGAAGAAACUGAUGAUUCUGUUGAGGACGAAGAGGACCUCAACAGUGAGGAACUUUGUGACGACUCUACCAGCAGUAGCGAUGGAAAUUGGAGACCUGGAAAACGUAAAAAGCAAAAAGCACCAGCCAAACUUGCUAAAAAAGAAGCAAAAGGAAAAGUGCCAGUUGCUGUAAAAACAACCAAAAAAAUUAAAAAAGUCGAUGAUGAUGAAAAACCAUAUAAGGUUUCUGCUAAACCUAAAAUUGUUGCUGCCAAAAAGAAAUCACAAUUUUCCGAUGAUAGCACGGAUAAUACGACAACGGAUUCAGACUCCGAAGCAGCAAGAAAAACUAGAGGAAGGCGAUUAUUUUAUAUUGAUGAUUAUGAAGACGAGGAUAGUUCAGAUAGCGGUAUCAAGCCAGGGGUAAAACGGCCAGAUACACCACCUGAAGAAAGGGAAAAAUUCAUAAAACAACAAGAAGAAAUAAAAAAACGCUUACAAGCAGAAAAAGAAGCUAAAGCAAAAGCUGAUGCGGAAGCUAAAUCAAAAGUGAAGGAGCCUGAGAAACCUGGUUCAUUAUCAACGGUGCCCUUGUCUGUAAUCAGAGCAGCAAAAGCGUUAGAUGCAGAUUAUUUGCAACGCAAAGGGGAGGUAACUAAUGCUGAUGAAGAAGAAGAUGACGAUGAUGAUAUAGCAGCAGCUGCUGCUUUUAACGACGCGUUACCUGACGACUUUAAUCCAGAUGAUAUGGAUGAAGAAUCAAUAGCAAAAAUGAUGGAGGAAGAGGACUAUGCUCAAAAUCAAUUACAUUUUCCUCCUGCUACAGAUAUACUAAGUAAGCCCAAGAAAGGUGCUACACCGGUAAAAGUCACACCAUCAGAAGUCUCUCCACCUGCUUCACAAAUUAGUUCUUCAAGUGUGUCAGUUAUACAGGAUCCAAUUCGGAAAAAAUUGCCGAUUCCAACAUUCAGUCCGUUGAUGAGACCAAAUCAAGUGCCCAGCAGCCAUCCUCUAUUGCAAAAUGCUUUAACCAAUCCGGGAAGUUCAAAUCCACAUACUAAUAAUGACCUAGACAAUCAAGGUAAGCCAAGAGGACGAAGGAAGAAAAUAACGCCUUUAAGAGAUCCAAUGGAAAAGGCCGCUGCUGCAGCUGCUGCGGCUGCUGUUACAUCCUCUUCGCUAUCAAAAUUGCCGCCUCCUGCUACACCUCCUGAAGUAAAAGAACCCGAAGUACGGCCCAAUCCUCCACCUCUUGCCAGAGCUCCAAACGUCGAUCUGAAUGUUGCACAACCUCCGCAAUUGUAUAAACCGCCAAACAAUGUUCCACAACCUUCAGUUAUAACAAGAAUGCCACAGAUUCCUCCACGCCUUAGAUAUCCAGAUCAAGGGUCCCGUUACUUCGCUCCACAAAUUCCAACAAGCCAUUCAAGGAUUCCACCAACAUUAAGACACCCAAUGCCUCCACCGCAUCAUACUUUAAGACCUUCUUUCGCUGGAGGCCCGCCACCAUUACGUUCUAAUUUGCCUCCACCAAACAAUUCUCCUUUAAGUUUAGUAAAUGACCGUCCGCUAUUACCUCCGUCAAGCAACUCUCCAAUUAAUCUAGGAAAUCGGGGUAAUUUACCUCCAUCAAGGGGUCCUCCUGAUAUACUGAGGGCUCCAACAACUUCAUCGAACAGUGUAUCAAAAACUAAACAAAUAGGACUUUCACCAAAUAGUAUUUUAAAUAAUAUUCGACCUAAUCGAUCAUCUGGGCCACCAAAUAUAACUCCAGUUAACUUAGGGGUUGGUCGAUCUUUAGGUCCUAGGCAACCACCACCAUUUAAUCCGGAUCAAUAUUCCGGUCACAGAUCCAGACCUCCUUCGCAUUUAGGACCUUACAGGCCACCAAUAUUUGGAGCUCCAGGAUAUCCACCACCACCUAAAUCACAGCAUCCAGGAGUACCUUAUUCCCUUAACCCCAUUGGUCCACCAAGACCUCAAAAUCCCCACAGUUUGAUUCCACCAGGAUCGCAAGUACCCCUUGGACUCUCUAUAUCAACAUCAGGAUCAUCAAGGCAUUCCAAUCAAUCACCCUCAGAUCCACCACCAGCAAAUUCAUCAUUAUCUAGAAAUCAACCAAUAUCUCCCAUAACAGUUAGUCCAUCUGGUUCAUUAAGACCGACAAAUCCAGCAAGAUCUCUCGGUCCGCCUAAUAUUUCAAUAAUGCCUAUACCUUCACGCUUAUCCAUACCUCAAAGCCAUUUAGUUGCAAUAAAUUCACCAAGUUCGCCGCGUGUAUUGGGACCUCCAGGUCCACCAAUUCCAACGGUUUCACGAGAUUCACAUGCUCCACCGCCAUCCAGUUAUUAUCCACCCCCAAUUGGUCAUCAUUUAAUUUCACUUGGUCCUCCACCACCAGCAGUUCCAACAGCUUCAGCUCCCAGUUCAGUUAUAGUAUCAACUUCAAAAUUACCACCUGCAGCAAUUAUACCGCAACCACCAGUACCACGAUCAUUAUCACCAGUUUCAGUUUCCGCAAGAUCAGUAGCUCCAGCACCAGUCCCAUCGACACCAUCUUCAACAUCACAACAAACAACGACAACAACUUUGCGACAACAACCCUUACCACCCCCACCAGCAGCAGCGACAGCAGCAGCAGGAUCUACUACAAUAUCAUCAUCAUUAUUAAAAUCCAAAAUGAAUACUCUAGAAACAUUUGAUUCUAAAGAUGCAAGUGCUCCAAUUGAUUUACAUCAACGAGAUAAUGAUGAAGAACCAAAUGAUUCUCAUCCGUCAACAGUAGUACCAGCUUCAUCAUCAUCAAGUAGUGAAUUUAGUGGUCUUGUAAGUUAUUUUAGUUCACAACAUGAUGAUUUUAAUACAUAACAAGUGAAUAUGAAAUAAAUUAAUUGCUAUGUAUGUAUAUUGAUUUUAAUAUUAUAAAAAUAAAAAAAAAAAACUAUUAUAUAUUCGUAUAUAAAACAUAAAUAUAUAUAUAUAUAUAAACAUAAUGUACAAUAUUACCUAAUUAUGUAUGUAAAAUAUACAUAUUAUAUUAUUUAUAUAAGAUCAAAAUAAAAUAACAUAUUUAUAUAGUAUGAAGUUUAAUAUAUGCAUAUAUUUUAUAUGUAUAUAUAUUUUCGAAUGCCUACUUAAUGAACAAUUUAAUUAAAAGAAAUUGAUAAAAGGAAAAAAAACAAAAAAAAAACAUAAAUAUAUUGUUAGUAUACGCGUUUUUUUAUAUAUAUUAAAUAAUAGUAAAAUUUAAAAAUUUAUAUUAUAUAAAGGAAAAAGAUAUUUGACACAAUAAUUCUACUUA